UCCCUAAGUUCAACCAGCCUUAUACUGACCAAGGACUGAGGGAGAGAGAAGACGAUAAGCUAAGUCAAUGACUCACACAGACAGAUAAAACAACACUAAAAGUUCUGAGGUAAUUAGAUCAAGUGGUGGACAGAGCCACAGGGAUCUGGAUCUAUAUGUAUAGUGGUUAAAACUUAAAGUUUAUGUGAACUGAACUGGGCUAAACAACACAGAGUUGAGCUAAGCAGGACCAGGACAAAGUGGAAACAUGACAGCAACCACUAGACGGGUUUACAAGAGGAGGGAGACCAUCACAGCCCUUCCUCUGUAUUACUCAGGACAGCUGCUGAAGAAAUACACUGGAGAGAAGGAAUUUAAGAACUUUUAUGCAGAGCUCCGUGGAUCAACACUCUUUCUGUACACAGACGAGAUGCAUGACACAUACUCAGAGAAACUGGACCUUCAGAUGUGGAAGUCGAUGUCGAUGGAUUCUCCUUAUCAAAACAACAGGUCAACCAUCUAUACUCUCACCCUGACCAAUGAGGAAGUGCAGCUAAAGGUGGAUAACCCCAACACAGGAGAGGAGUGGAGAGGCUUCAUCAUGACUGUGGCCACUAAGGAGAUCCCCAGUAAACUGCAGCUGCUCCCAGGUCAGAUGCUGAGGCUGGAAGAGGUUCUGUCUGAGGAGAAGAAGAGACAGGCCCCACCUCCUCCCCUGCCUUACACCACCUACCAUAUCCAUCCCUCCUCAGACGACACAUAUGACGAUGCCAUCUCUGGAACCCCCCUCUGUUUCUUUCCUGUGUCUCGACAGAAGGCAGAGAGGAUGUUGAAGGAGAACACAGAGUACGGCAGCAUCAUUCUCCGCCCCUCGACUGACAACACUAACUACGCCAUCACCUUGAGACAGGACUACCCCAGUGGCCCAGUGAUGAAGAACUACAAAGUGCUUUCCAUAGACACAGGCUUCGUCAUUGAACUAGAUGCCCCGGUGACUGUCCCUUCCCUGGGGGCAGUGCUAGAUCACUUCCUGAAGGCAACAGAGUUCCGUCUGCACCCAUACCUGGUUCCCCAGACCUACGACACCUGCAUUGAUUUGCCACUCGCAUUGCCCUGUUUUCCACCCAAACCGGUCCCCCGGGCGAGAGUUGCACCGAUGAUCCACACAAAGUCCCCGAAAGGGAGCACCCCUCCCUCCUUUCCCAAACUCCCAAUCAAAGACACAGAUACAGGAAAAGAAUAUCAAGACGCAGAUGAAGUAUUAAACCCAGACCCCAGACCUGAAGACCUGAAUUAGGAGCUCCGCACAGCAGUACCGAAAGGGGAUGAAACAGACCUACACAGGGGAACAGUUUUCACACACUACACACACAUCACACACACACAGAGCAACAACGUCACGAAUGAACACACUUGAUCUAUAGCAUCUAGCAAGUUUUUAUUUCUCUGUGGUUUUGUACCCAAAUGUCACGUUGGCGAGGAAACAACCUGUCGCUCAUCCUUGUAAAGAUGUGUACACUAUAGUAAAUGCACUUUUUUUUUGAGCUCAUGCUUGGCUCCAGUUAAAAAUUUGCCAAUGAGAUGUAGAUUUGAAAUAGUACAAUGGUGCAUAAAGAUUACUACUGGCCUAGAUAUCUGAAUUGUCCGCUUCUGACCUUUGCACACACGGAAAUAAACUACCACACAAAU